ACAGUUGUUUUAUAGCGGUACAUAUUGAGCUCAGAACGAGUUAUACAGAAAAAAUUCAACAUGCUUAGGUGUAUAGUGUUUAUGGUAUUCGUCACUCUUGUAACGGGGAGAAGUACAGCUACGACAUCGCAAAAUGCUUUACCAGAAGAAGGAGCCAGAAGCCAAGAAACUUCUUAUUUAGGCGACUUAAAAUACAUCUACAAAAUUUAUCAAGAAUGUUCAGCCACUGAGCUAACUUCUUGCUUAAAACUGAAACUAAUCACUGCUAUGGACCGAGCGGCUAAAUCAUUCGAUAAUAUUGAAGUUAUCCAAGGACUCAGCUUCGUGAAGAAUAACGACGCCUCAAAUGAAAUUUCCAACACAAACGAAGACAUCGAAGCAACUUUACCCAGAGCUUUAGGCGAAAAGAAUGAAGCUUUAAACAACAUCAUCUUUGAUAAAAUAACUUCGUUCUUUGACACCCACACAUUACAAGUUAAAUUACCUUCAGCAUCCGAACUUCAAAGAUCGUUAACGGAAGAAUCUAGAGGAAAAAAGAAAAAGAUGAGCGGAUUAAUGCUCAUCCCACUGAUUUUGGGGGGAACUCUCAUUCCUUUGGCUUUGGGGGCUUUAGCUUUAUUGGCCGGAAAAGCUUUAAUAGUUUCUAAGCUAGCUUUAGUUCUAGCUGGAAUUAUUGGUUUGAAAAAACUCCUUGGAGGUGGAUCCAGCCAUCAACAGCAACCCCAUGAAAUUUAUGCUGGUGGACAUAGUUCAGGAUAUGGAAGGUCUUACGAUAAGGAAGAUGCCCAAAGUAUGGCUUACAACGCAUAUCAAGAGAAACCAAAAAGCACAUAAUUUAAAAAAAUGAAGUAAUUUGUAAUACCUCAAAUAGGACUGUUAUUUAUUUCAA